AUGGCAUUUGUGUUACCGAGUUCUUUAGCCAUAUGGGAAAUUGGUAACUGUUUACCAUUAGACAGAGUAUUUAAUCAUGAGGCUUCGCCGCAAGAUGCUUUUAUUGACAAAUCACAAUUGGUACAAAGUGCGCCUGAUGGGUUCGAGGUGAUUUAUAAGUUGCCAUUUUUCGGCUUAUGUUCUAGGAUACCCAUCAAACCAAUGAGAAAUGGUUUGCUCACAACUUUAGACUUCUAUUUGAUGACCUCUGAGAGGUUCAAACCAUAA